AUGCGGUCUAUCCUGUCUACAAACGCCUUUCUGGCGCUUCUCUCCCUUGCCGGUUCGGCCGCUGCCGUCCUGCCGACCAUUUCAGAAUGCGUCCACGGAAAAGGUGCAGCCCUCGCGGAGCUUGCGUCCUGCGGUCACGAGGGCUCUCUCGCCUACUGCUUCACCAGCCUCCCCGCCUUCUUCGAGGCCUCGGACCUUGAAUCCUGCCUCGUGAACGCGGGCUGCACGCCCGCCGAAGCAGCCAUCGAGGCCCUCUGGACCCUCAAACGCUGCGAACGCGCCGCCGGCCACAGCAAGAGCGGCGAAGCCGACAGCAACAAGGUGGCCGACCUCCGACGCCGCUCUCCACAGGCCGCCGCCACGCCCGCUACAACGCCACGACGGGCACGGCCGGCGGGCGCGCAGCUCUCGUGCUUCCCGACAGGUGUGCUCAAGGCCAAGUGCGCCGACGACAUGUGGUGCGCCAAGAAGCCGGGCCACUGCAAGGUGCUCAACAACAAGCUUGACACGUCGGGCGUCAUCGUCGCCAUCCUCUUCUCGGGGGCCAUUGUCUUCGCGGCCCUCGGCAUGUGCGUGCUCUGCUGGCGCGACAGCAAGCGGCAGAAGGGCAUCCGGGCGCGGGCCGAGGCCGCGGCGCUGGCGGCCAGGGAGCGGGAGAAGAAGCGCGCCGCGGUCGACGAGGCCAUGGGCGCGCCGCGGGACGGCGGUGACGGCGGUGUCAAGGCGCCGCUGAUCCAGUCGUAUGAGGAGGAUCCGUUCAGGGAACACCAACACUAUUGA